AACAGAGUCUUUAAAUUUCUUAAAAAUCCCCAAUUGUUAUCUUCCUCCCGCUUCUUGCCAUUGCUGUAUCGAGCUCUCCCUAGAUCUCUUCAUCUCUCGCCAUGAAGCUCGUAAGGUUUUUGAUGAAAUUGAACAAUGAAACAGUUUCAGUAGAGCUUAAGAACGGAACCAUAGUUCACGGAACCAUCACAGGUGUAGAUGUUAGUAUGAACACACACUUAAAAGCAGUGAAACUCACUUUGAAAGGGAAGAAUCCAGUCGCCUUAGACCACUUAAGUGUCAGGGGAAACAACAUUCGCUAUUAUAUUCUUCCAGACUCCUUGAAUCUCGAGACUUUGCUUGUCGAAGACACACCACGAAUCAAACCCAAAAAACCAACUGCAGGUAAAGUUCCACCAGGUGGUCGUGGACGUGGGCGUGGUAGAGGUCGAGGACGUGGCGGCCGUUAAGCAUUUUGCAGUGAUCCCAAGUUUUUUUCUGUCUUGUUAUCUUUUAAAUUUUCAUGAUUUUAAAAUUUGAUACGUUAUUGCCAAACUAAUCAAACACGGAAACAGUCACUUUCGUUUA